GGGGGACAGUGAAAGGGAGCCGGCGAGUCGUUACAUGAGAAAUGACAGGGAGGAGCCAAGCUCUGGCAAAACUCGCAAUCCAGCAGGCAGGGGCUUAUUUGAGCAGAGUCCGCUUGCGGCUAGGGCUUUUCUGAGGUUCCUACAGGCACGAUGGCUGGGGAGUUUGUGAGGAGUUUAGGGAAAGGAAGUGCUGCUCCUGGGCCUGUGCCGGAGGGAAUGAUCCGUCUCUACAGUAUGCGCUACUGUCCCUUUGCACAGAGAACAUGGCUAGUCCUGAAGGCCAAAGGAAUUGACCAUGAAAUUAUUAAUAUCAACUUGAAAAACAAGCCAGAUUGGAUUUUUGAGAAAAACCCAUUUGGACUAGUACCCAUACUGGAGACAAGCAAAGGUCAACUGAUCUAUGAAUCUGCAAUCACUUGUGAAUAUUUGGAUGAAGUAUAUCCAGAGAAGAAGUUGUAUCCUGAGGACCCCUAUGAGAAAGCUUCUCAGAAAAUGCUCUUUGAAUUCUUCUCCAAGCUAACUCCUGUGCCCUACAAGUACUUUCUGACAAAAAGAAAUGGAGAAGAUGCAUCUGCACUGCAAGAGGAAUUCACUGAAAAGCUUCUCAAAUUUGAGGAGAUUCUAGCCAACCACAAGACAAAGUUCUUUGGUGGGAACUCUGCCUCCAUGAUUGACUAUCUUAUGUGGCCUUGGUUUGAGCGUAUGGAGGCCUUCCAGUUACAUGAGUCUCUGAACCGUACCCCAACACUAAAACAUUGGGUGGAAUCCAUGCAGCUGGAUCCUGCUGUUAAGGCUACGAAAAUAGAUACACAGAUGCACAAAGGCUUUUUGGAGCUGUAUGCAAAGAACAGCCAUGAGGCCUCUGAUUAUGGUUUGUGAGUUGGUGGGGAGCCUUCAGUGCAUGGCCUUGUUAAUUACAUGCUAAUUGCUCAAGUGCACAAGAUUAGACCUGAACUAGAUCGCAAAGCUUAUUGUGAACAAGGUCUGUGAUUGCUGUACCAUGGGGAUAUAUGGGUGUACUGAAAUGACAGGCCCACUUGCAUAAAGCCCUUCUUGAAAGAUGCAUAAAAUUGGGAUGUGAGGAAAGUUUGGGGAGUUGAUUGUUUCUGAGUGUCUAGUAUUUAGUUGCUCUUGUAACUUUCUUUGUUUGUCUUUUUCAGUUUAGGAUAGUUUCCCUAAACUGUACAGAUGAGUACUUUUACAAGAAUAAACAUAGUUCAAAUGCAGAAA